GACCAACUGGAUCAUGAGUGGUCCCUUCACUUGCGUCGACGACUUCGGGGAAUCGCUGCAGCUCACGGCUGUUCCGCCUGCGAUGCUUAUACAGAUGUUGCAUGCCGCCUCGCUUAGGAGCCUUGAGCGCGAAGCUGCCCGCAAGGCUGCCAUCCCUGAGCCGAGGCUGUGCUGCGACGUGGUUCGCAACCGCUUGAGGUCAUCGAAGUACACCGACAAAGAAAAAUGGUCGAUCCGUAGUCUGGCCCGCGAGGCUCUCUGGACGUACGACAGAGCCGAGAAGGCGGGCUACAAGGUCUCCGAUGUUUGUGCGCUCUGUGGGCAGCCUGGGGACGCUGUCCAGCACCGUCUGUGGGCUUGUCCGAGCGUCGCCUCUUUCCGUGAAGAGUUGGUGAAGUCUGACAUUUUAAAUGCUGCCGCUGACGCGGAUAUGUCCGACCCUGUCCAGGAGGCGCUGUUUCUUCGAAGUGACAGUUUGUCUGGCAGCAUUUUUGUCGACGGAAGUUGCCACAGGCAUGUGAUCAGCGAGCUCUCCAGAGCGGGUUACGGGUUGGCUUGGAUCUCUGACGAGGGGCGUAGGCUCGGCGUGCUGUCAGGGCCCGCGCAUGCCCAAUUUAUCCAGACGUCGCAGUGCGCAGAGUUUGCUGGCAUUGCGCGCGCGGGGCUCGAGGUUGAAGCCCCCUCCACCAUCUGCUCGGAUUGUGAGAAUGUUGUCUCCCUCUGCUGCAAGGCUAGCGAAGUGCAGCUCAGCUAUGAGAAGCCUUUCGCUGGUCUUAUGAUGAUGUAUCGGCUGGGCGGGAGGUGGGCGGUUGGAGUCUCGAAGGUUAAGGCCCAUGAAGACCCGCUAGAGGCGGGCAUCUCAGAGCGAGAACGCUGGCUGAGAACGGACAAUGACGAGGCCGACAAGGCUGCCACAUCCG